GAGCCAAAUAGAGAAGCCAAAACAGGAUAGCAUUUCUCCAGAGAGAGAGAGAGAGAGAGAGAGAGAGAGGAAAAGGAAAAAAAGGGAAGAAGAAAUUCUUUGUUAGAGGGAGGGGGAUCUACACAGGACACUUGCAACAAAAUGGCUCUUUGUGUUGAUGAAGAAGAGAUAUGGAAAUGUUCGAAGCACCCUUCCAAGCGUCGCCGAACUGGAAUCUGCCACGUGUGCCUCCGCGAACGUCUCUCCUCUCUUUGCCCUGACUGCGCUAGCGCGCGCCCCUGCACUUGCUACGCCACCACCGCGUCCUCCUCUUCUGGCACCACUUCAUCCUCCUCCUUCCACCGCUUCUCCUCCGCUUCCGGAAUCGGAAGCGUCGGUCGAGUAUCCAAUUUAAUCGAGACCGAACCCGCUUUUCGUCGCUCUCGAUCCCUAGCUGUUCCGUUUCUCCGGUCAAAGCCAUCGGCCGACCAUAGUUAUAACAACCACAAAACUUCCUCGUCGUUCUGGUCAUUGUUCAAGGGAGGGCAUGGUAACAGGAGCAUGAGAGAGCAGGUUGAAAGACGACACGUGGUGAUUUUGAAGGAGGAGGAGCUGGAGGAAUCAGCGAGGAAGGUAAAUGAAGAUGAGGAGAGGAGGAGGAUGAUGAGGAAGUCAAGAUCGGUGGCGGUGACUUCAGAGUCAAGAGGAAGUGACGUGAGGAGAUCGUCAAAGGGAGGGAAGGGAUGGUAUUUCCCUAGUCCGAUCAAGGUUUUCAAGCAAUCAAUCUCGAGAGGGAUUUUGGCCCAUGAAAGGUCGCCUUUGUAUAGAGGUUGAUUUUCUUUUACUACCUAGUCUUUAACUGCCAAACAGCAAUACAUAUUCUUAUCACCCUUUCUAUUAUUGUUUUGAAUUACUGGCUUUAUUUAUGUUUUUUGUCAAGCAAAAAUUAGUUACUCCAGUUUUCUUUGAUAGACACCGUGACACUGUUUUAUCAU